UUGCCCGGAAAUCUGACCAAACUUUAUAACCCCCAAACUACCCCUCAGUCCCGAUCGUAAAGCAUCAUGCUAACGAAUAAAGUUAUAAAACCAUUUUCCCCCUUCUUAAAUCAUACUCUGAAACUCAAUAAAUGGCCGGAAUUAUGUCGCGGAAAAUCAAAACCCCGCUUUUUAUGGUCCUUUUUGCUUCAACUUUAGCUUUUAUCCUCUAUAUUCCUUUACUCAAGUCUUCUUUUCUCGGCCAAAACGAACCGGGAAAUUUAAUCGUAAUCCGUGGCACGGGGGAGCAAAGCUUAGUCUUCGAGUUUCAAGGACAGGAAGAACUUGGACGGAAAGCGCCUGAGACCGCCCUUCUCUUGCCAGAAUGGGAGGUCUUGGUCCUCUUCACGCUGGAGACUUCGACGGAAAACAACUUACCCCGCGAUUCCGGUCUCAGUUGCAUGUUUCAGGACGGGCUCUGGACUCCUGCAAGACCAGCCGGGAAACUUUUUCCCGGCUAUCGUAUUGCUGUCCGUUGCAGUGUUCCAGCAAAACUCCGGCGUAUCAGGCCCUUUAAGCAGCCCAAACUCGUGUUAUCUGGUGAGUUUCCCGACGAUUUAUCCGGUCAAGACUCGCCGGAAUUGGCAAGAUGGAACUUCGUAGUCUAUGACACCUUAACUACUAAAGAGGACGUGAUGUUGUUUGCGAAAGGGAUUAACAGUCGACAAGGCGUCAAUUUUCCUGCUAGAGAGCUCGCCUGUGUAUUUUCUGGUGGUGUACGAACUAGGGUUUUGAGUUCCUCACAAGAGGUUUUCCGGUGCCAAAAACCUCGCCGUGAUAUUUCGCCACAAAUAUCCGGUGAGAUUGUAACCCUAGAUAUAGGUGGCCGCAUCAUACCUUCGGUGGCCAUUUACCAGCCUCUUUCCCCGCAAACCAGUUUGCCGACCAAACAAUUCACCGGCAAACCGCUUUUGUGUGCGUGCACAAUGGUUUUUAAUGCCGGGAAGUUUUUGAAGGAGUGGGUUAUGUAUCAUUCGUUUAUAGGAGUUGAGCACUUCUAUUUCUAUGAUAACCUGAGCGAUGAUAACACACACAACGUUUUAAUGGAGCUUGAAAACCAGGGUUACGGAAUAACCAGAAGGGUUUGGCCAUGGCCAAAAACCCAAGAGGCUGGUUUCUCACACUGUGCUCAAUCCACCAUGGACUCUUGUGAGUGGAUGUUGUUCACUGAUGUCGAUGAAUUUGUGUUCUCGCCAAAGUGGGGGAACCUUCAAGACCCUAGAAACGCUCUCCAGCCAUUGCUGAAACAAACCCAAGAUAAUUCAUCAAGAAUUGGGCAAAUCUCCAUUAAUUGCUUAGAUUUUGGGCCAUCGAACCAGACCACCCAUCCGUUGAAGGGCUUGAUGCAAGGCUACGAUUGCAGGGGAAGGAGGAUCCAAAGACACAAAUCCGUAGUUCAAUUAAAGGCCAUUGCUCCUUCUUUGUUCACUAAAGUACACCAUUUCGAGCUCAAACCUGGGUUCAAGAGCAAAAAGCUUGGACUUUCAGAAUUUGUAGUCAACCAUUACAAAUACCAAGCUUGGAGUGAGUUUAAAACCAAGUUUAGAAGAAGGGUUUCUACCUAUGUAGUAGAUUGGACAACAAAUAAGAACUUGCGGUCGAAAGAUCGAACACCUGGUCUUGAUAAUUCAGCCAUAGAACCAGAAGGGUGGGCUCAAAGCUUUUGUGAAGUAAGGGACAGGAGGCUUCAAAUUUUGAGUAAGAGAUGGUUUGGUGAAGAGAGCAAAACUGGGUAUAGCAUGGCAUGGGAAGAAUAAUAAUGAUAGGGAAAACAUGGGUUUUCUUGCUUCCUUUUUUGUGUUGUUUCUGGUUUUUCUGGAGUUGUAUAUGGUUAUUCAUAAGCAUCAUGUACAGAGAAAAAACCCUGGUGUUUUUGUGUAGCAUUCACUGGGUUUUUUCUUUUGAUUUGCGAUUCUUUUGGAUUCAGAGCAUCAAUAAUGUGAGAUUUUUAACUCACUUUCUUGA